AUGAUUAAAAAUGGGAUACGGUUCCUAGCUCGACAACUGCACGUCCAGCACUCUUUAAAUAAAUCACAGGUCAAAGAGAAAUUGACCCAUCUAGAGAGAAACAACGAGGUACUGAAACGCUCACGAAAGGAACAGGAAAGACAAGCCGAAAAGCGGCGUGUGCAGCUUAAAAAACUCAAUAAGACCUCAUACACCAAACAACAUGCCCGGCAUGUAUUGAAAAAUAGAUACGAAGUUAGCAAUGAAUCACUAAGUUCAACAGAACUUGGACCUACAAGUGGGUCCGAUCUGCGAUUUUUGAAACUGACCCAUGACAAAAGGAUGAUGUACACGAUCCUUGGUGUCACUGGAGAGCAAUUAAGGGAUUCGAAACUAGUUGCGGGUGACGUGGCUAAGUUCCUAGCUCGAAAUCAGUUGGAAAAGGCGGUUUUCCUGGCCAGGCUUGCUAAAAGUCGUGGGAUCGUAGGUAUGAACAAGAUCAUGGAGCACUUCUGUCGGGAACAGCAAGACGCAAAAUCUGCAAUAGAUUUAUACAGCUGGAGAAAAAAGUGGGGGAUACCGCCAAAUGAACUGACCCACACACUAUUGUUUGAUGGGCUUGCGAACUUACCAAGUCCACUUAGUGAAAAACAUGCUCAAAGAGUCCUCAAAAUUGCUACCCAGCUUAUAGAAAAAGAUGGUCUCAACCAGAUGGGACUUAACGCGGCCCUGAGUGCGUUGGUAAACAGUGAAAAUGACGAGCUCGUCUUCAAGUUAUUCGAUGCCAAACCCAAAAAUGUUAUUGGGGAUGCUAUAACCUACACGCUUUUACUUCGCGGUGCCGCAAAAAUCAAGGAUGAUAUGUUGUGUAUGACUAGGGUUGACGAUAUAAUGGCCCGUAUACCCAAAAGAUUCAUGGACGCGAGAAUAAUGUAUGAGUAUUGUCGAGUAUGGCACCACCGUAGAGACAGUAAAUUGUCGAUGGUAGCAGCCAUAGCAAUUGAAAAAUACUUCGGAAUUAAAGCAUCAUCAAGUGAAUUACAGUUACCGGAAGGAGUGAGACUACCAGAUUUGCAAUAUUGGGAUAUCAAACAGCCUUACAGGCCAGAUAGUUUUUUAAUUGACCUUUUGUUCGAAAACUAUGAGAAGAAUAGAAACUUCGACCUAGCGUCAGAGACAUAUAAGGAAUUGACUGCUACUCAGCCAAAAUUGAUGCGUAUUUCAGUCUAUGAAAGAAUGAUCAAAAUGGUUACGUCUGGGUAUCCAACGAGGUGCGCACAGAUGGCUGUGUGUGUAUUCAAGGAUAUGGAUGCACACCACAAAAUAAACAAAAACAGUAUGCUCUUAGUGUACAAAUCCUUUGAGAGACAAGCAGGUAAAAAAUUCACAAACGCAACUUCUGCGAAUAUUGAUGAAUUGUUGGACCAACUGUUCGAAUUCGCCACUUCUUUGGAGAGUAAGCACUGGAAAGAUUCAAAAACAAAGAUUUUGAAUUGGAAAGCAUGGAUGUUUUGUUGGAAUGUUAUCAAUAAAUGUAACGAAAGGCACGGAAUAAAUGCAGUCAGGAGCAAAUGGGUUUUGGAUCAGUUUAUCAUGACUAUUGUUACUGGGCAAACGAAGUUACAAAAUCUUGAACGCCAAGACUACGCAGGAAUGAAGCAUGUAAAUAUUGAGAGCGUUCGUUUUUUAAGUUCCUUUGCGGAAAUGUUCAAGAGCCCAGCUGAAAUAAAUGAGGCAAUUGAUGGGCCAGAGCGUGACAACUUUUUGUACCGCAGACUUUUACUGAGGUUGAAAGAUAGAAUCCUGGAUCAAGUAGAUCUCAUAGAAGGCAAAUCAGACAACGCUCAAAGCGUGGAAGAAGCACUCAGACAAACAGCGCAAAAGUUGCAACUUACCAAAAUGCCGUCAAAUCUGAAGUGUGAAUCACCAGUCAAGGCUAGCACCCAGCAAGCGCAGCCUACUGUAUAA